CGUUUGUAUUUAUUUGCUAGAAUCUGUGAGCAUCGGAACUAACCGAGCCGCUACAAUAAAAAAAAAAAAACAUAAAUUAGUCCUCGUUACGAAAAAAAAAACACACAUAAAAAUGAAGAGUUUUCUGAUCCUUCUGGGUUUCGCUGCUCUGGCCGCUGCCGAUGUCAAGCAUCUGACAGAUCGCAAUCUGGACCUCUUCAAGUACAAUCCCAGCGAUAUCUACACCCUGCCCGAGGACAUCGAUGACGACAAGCCGGCGGUGCACUUUAGCGGCGAUGUCAUGAAGGCCAAGACCGAAACCCUCCAGAACUACAACUCGGGCAAGAAAUUCAAGCUGGAACUGAAGACCCAGAACGGCAUCGAAGUGAGCAGCGUGGGCAAACUGAAGGACGACAAGACCUUCGUGGUCAGCGGCUCCUACUCGUUCACCGGCGCCGAUGGCAAGCGGUACAAGACCCGUUACACCGCCGAUGAGUUCGGCUAUCAUCCCAUCACCGAGCUGGAUCUGGACAUUCCCGAACCCCAGCCUUUGGCUUCUGCCGGACAGCGCCAGACCGUGGAUCCCAGCAGCCUGUUGGGCAACAAGAACCGUUUCCAGUUCCUGCAGCAGACCCUGGACUCCGAUCAAGGAUCGCAAGGUCCUCUGAGGGGCAGUGGACAGAGUGGCGAUGACUAUAGCUACACGUCUCCCUAUGGAAAUGGCAAUGCUUACGGUAAUGGAGUUGGAAACGGAUACGGAAAUGGAGUUGGCAACGGAUACGGAAAUGGAGUUGGAAACGGACAAGGAAAUGGAGCUGGAAACGCAUACGGAAAUGGAAAUGGAGUUGGAAACGGAUACGGAAAUGGCAACGGCAAUGGCUACGAUUAUCAGCCACCUCAGGUGCCCCUGGCGACGCCAUCUCGUCUGUAUCUGCCCACCGCAUAAGGCGAUUAUUAUUUAGAUAUACCCUUAUCCAACACCCUUCUCCCGCAAGAUUUAUGCCCCACCCGAUUCCCGAUUCCUGAUUCCCGAUUCCCGAUUCCCGAUCCUCGAUUUUCCCCCCAGCUGCAAGUAUUUAGUUUUUAAGUGCAACUCCAACAGGCAAAUGAAGAGUAAAACAGAGCUAGCGAAAUUUUUUUUUAUCAUUUUUUAGUGUUAUACACGGAGCACAAUUUUAUAUGAUAUUAUACACUGAUAUAUGUUAUAUAUCUAGCCUACACAAAAACACGCACACACACACACAAAAAAAACAAACACACACACAAAUCCCGAGCAAAGACACAAACGAAUCUAUGUAUAUACACUGAGUGAUAUUAGUAGUAAAUAAAAUGGCUAAACUAACGAUC